UGCGCCCAGGGAGAGACGUGACAGGGCAGUUUUCCCAAGGCUCCUCCCCUCCCUCCUUUGCUCUGCAGUCACUUCCUGCAGCUGUUUCCAUCUGUGUCCGGUUAUGCGGAUGUCUCCCCCUUUCCCCGCCGGCUUCUCCUCCGAUCUGGCCCGUCGGAUCUAGUUUUAAGUUAUAAAGAGGUGGGGAGACAGAGGUGACGAUUCCAAGGUUGGGGAUGUGGCGCGCGGCUGGCUGUCUCCAUCUCCGGGGAAAUCCUGGCAGAAGCCUCUCGUGAAUAUCUCUCCUCUCCAGCCUUUGAGAAGCUGAGCAGCAGCCCGUCUCCGGUCUCCAAAGGAAGCAUGCCAGAAGGUCUCUCGGCCAAUGAUUCUCUUGCAGCAAGCCGGACUUCCUCCUCCUCUUCCUCCUGAGACGCUCCCGUCGCUUCCUAUGUCAGUGGCCACCAGGCCCACAGCCAGCUUGCGACUCUCCCCGCAGAAACCUCUUGGAUUGGGGCCACCCUUGCUGCUUGCACAAGAUGAGGAACUUGCUCCCGGGGUGGAGCAGGACCCUGUGCUGGAGGAACUUUGUAAGCCUUUGUGCUGCAGGCUUUGUAACGUCACCCUGAAUUCUGCCCAGCAAGCCCAGGCUCAUUACCAGGGUAAAAACCAUAGUAAGAAACUCCGGAAUUACUAUGCUGCCAACAGCUGUCCAGCUCCUACCAGGAUGAUUAACUCUCUUGAGCCAGCCACGCAUCCAGUGGUUUCCCUUCCACCCCCGGGGUCUUCCUCGAAACCAGGCGGGCGAGUGAUCCUGGCCACAGAGAACGACUAUUGCAAAUUGUGCGAUGCUUCCUUUAGUUCGCCAGCUGUGGCCCAGGCUCACUACCAAGGGAAGAAUCAUGCCAAGAGGCUACGUCUGACUGAAGCUCAGAACAACUCAUUCUCGGAGUCAUCAGAGGUGGUGGGCAAAAGGAAGAUGCGGAAGGUAGGGAAUGAAUUCAAGAUGAUGCAGAACAGACGAAAUGUGUAUGCUGUCCCGAAUAACACAGGCCCUUAUUUCAACCCACGUUCCCGCCAGCGGAUUCCACGCGACCUCGCCAUGUGCGUCACGCCCAGUGGCCAGUUCUACUGCUCCAUGUGCAACGCUGGCGCCAGCGAGGAGGUGGAGUUCCGGCAGCAUUUGGAGAGCAAGCAGCACAAGAGCAAAGUGUCUGAACAGCGGUAUAAGAACGAGAUGGAAAACCUUGGCUAUGUACAAUGAGACACGAUUCUCACUAGCAGCUUUUCCCCACCCAACUACCCCUCUCCCCCGAUAGGGAGAAGCUUUUGUCGCCUGCUGCUUGCCACACGCCCUGCUUUUGUGCUCCGUGCCUUAGGAGGCCUGCUCUCCAGCGUUCUCGCUCUCUGUUUUUAACCACCCGCAAGCCCAGCACUGAAGUAGGUGAAGUGCAAGGUUUUAAUUUUUCUGCCGCUUGGCACAAGUAUGUGCUGCAGGAUGCCAAGUCGUCUUGUUGUAUUUGUCCAUUAGCGAAGGCUCAACCUUGUCUUCUUCCCCUGUCCCUCUGCUUCCCUUUGCAUGAGUCAUCUUGGCCUGAAACCGGAACCAUGAAGAGGCAGAGCAAGUUUCACCCUUUUUUUUUUUGUCCUGCAUUGUACUGCAGCUGCAGAAGGGGCAGUUCUGAUGAGAGAAAAGCAGCCAAAGCAACUGUGGAAGGGGUCACAGCUCCAGCGAGAGGCCGUAGUUCAGUGGCAGAGCACAUGACUUGCAUACAAAAGGUCAUGGGUACGGCCCCGAGCAAUCUCCAGUUAUUAGAGGCUCUUGAGUAGCAGGGCUGGCAAAGACUCUCUGUCCGACGCUUUGGAGAGCCCACUCAGACUUGCCAAUACAGGUCUGGAUGAACCAGUAGACAGAGUUGGUAUAAGGCAGCGUCACACGUUUGUAAAAUUUCUUUUCACAGGCAUAGUAAACCUCUGUAGACAGUUUGGGUAACUUGCUUGGAAAAUAUACAUGGGGCUUGGCUUGAACUUUCAGGAGUUAAAAGGUAUCUUCCCCUCCCCUACCUCUGAGCUAGUAAAGUCUGCAACCUACAGGCCCCAUAGCAUUCAGUUUCCCUGCCCCUCCACACCUAUUGCCCUCCCCUCCUACAAAGUUAGAGGCAAUUGUUUUUUUUUUAAAAAAAAGGUCAGAGUUCCACAUUUUUUUUAAGCAUCCAAAUCGAAUAUGCAAACUGAAGUUCAUUAAUACUCCAGUUUCAAUUUAAUUUGCUCUACAGACCAUAAACAUCAAAUAGAGAGAAGGGUUAUCAAGAGAACAAUAGCGGCGGGGGAAUCAAUAUACACGCACACCAGUUAAUGGGAAUAUAACAAAAGCCUUAUACAACCAGUAAUAGUUAAAAAUACAGACAAUUUUGACUUGGAACUAAUACGAAUUUGAGCUGUCAAUACACGGAAUUGGGGUGUCGUUUUGGAGCACAGAAUUUCAAGCUCCCUGGCUGUGAUUUGUGCUGGCCUCUUUAGCUGACAUGUGGGGAAAGGAGCCUAAGCGCUUCCAUACAAUCAGCUUAACAGUGAAAACUGUUACAAAGGUGCCACAUACCUUGAGAACAUCGGGUGUCUUUUCCCUGCAUCCAACUUUAUGCCUUUGGAUGCGUUUUCUUUCCCCCUUUUCAUUUCCUGCAAUAAUAAUAAUUGAAAAAGGAGACAUUCUUGUACUUCAGUUGAAAAAAUCAAAAUGAUUUCUGGAUUGGAGGGCACAGCAUAGAACAUAGCAAGCUGCCUUAUACUGAGUUGGACCAUUGGGGUCCAUCUAGCUCAUUAUUGUCUACCCUGAUUGGCAGUGGCUGUCCAGGGUUUCAGGUAGGGGUCUCUCCCAGGCCUACCUGUGAAUAUGUGCUCAGUUGGAAGCACCUGACUGGGUUUUCGGGAUAGUGAUGAUACUUUGGCAGCUCCUUCUGUCUCACCAAUACCUCUAACCAUCAUCUUGGAGUGGAGCUGGUGUUCCCUUUCUUAUUUGCCACUUGGGCUGGAUGCCUAUGCAUCCACUGAAGCACUGAACCAUCCAGCCCCAUUAUCUGACCACUGUGGAUGGAUAAAACUCCUUUCUUGGGAGGUGAAGUCAGUCCUGAAAUGUUGUCACUUAGGAGAUUCGUUUAACAGAGAAAUCAACAAAGAAGGGGGAAGGGCCAUAGCUCAGGGGCAGAACACCUGCGUUGCAUGCAGAAGGUCCCAAGUUCAAUCUCUGACAUCUCCCUGGUAAAAGAUUCUGGCCUGAAACCCUGGAGAGUCAGGGUAGACAGUACUGAGCUGGAUGGAUCCAUGGUCUGACUCUGGCACCUUCAUACAGCAGCUUCAUUUGAUAAUAUGAGUGACCCUUCUUUUGCUUCUGAGCUCCAGUGCAUCGCUUUGGUACAGUGAUGGUCAUUGUUAUAUACUCUCUCACACACAAAAAGUAGAUCAAGAGUCUUAAGUGCUGGUCUACGUGCUAUACAAAAAGGGCAGACUAGCAUGGUAGAAUCAUGGACUGUACCACUUCAGUCUGCAGAUGGGGGUGGGGAAUUGCAUUAUUGAGUGCUCCCUGCCUCUUUAAAUCCCAAACUCUUGGCAUGCAGUAGAUUUGUACGACAGGGACAAAGGUUCAGUGCAGCCCUUUCUCUGAUGUGCUAAUCUCGAUGCAAGGAGCCUUUUACAUGAAACAGCAGUCAAAAAAUGUAACCUUCCCCCGCCCUGCAGUGAAAUGGUACAGGCCCUGAAUUUUUUUCAUUAUGUAAGUGAAAUGGCUUGUGUUGGGCAAACUGCCCUCCCUCCUCUUUUACUCUUUGAUAUUCAUGGAAUAGAAAAGGCCCCUUUGCCACCCUGUUCAUCAUACUUAAUUAUUUUUGGGUUCUAGUCCUCUGGUUUGAAGGAUCAGGGCAGGUAACAAUGUUUUCCCAAUUUCCAUGAUCCCUAUAUUGUGAGAUAGGCACUAGAUUUCAACCUCGUUAUUUCAGAUGGGGAAAUGAGAGUUUAUGAAGCAGCCAGAGCUGCCGCUUUCAAAAUCCCCUUGAUUUCAGUGGGAAAGUGUUAAGUAUGCACCGAUCACUAAUUUGGCCAAGGCCAUCUACAGGCAGAACCUAUACAAGUUCAUUCAGAAGCAAUUCCCAAUAGGUUUGAAGGGGCUUAACCUCCCAAAUAUAUGUGCAGAGGAUUGCAGCUUUAGAUGUUCAUGGUUGGCCGGGCUGAGAUUUGAAGGUUCCCAAGUCUGCCUGUCCUCUGUUGAUGUUUCCAUUGGUUUUUUGACCCUUCUUAUUUCAAUUGGCUUGAAAAACCAUGUUUUCAUAUUAGAGUAUGAAUAAUUUGGAGGCAGUAUGCUUCUGAAUACCAGUUGCUGGAAAUUGCAGGAGGGGAGAGUGGUCUUGUGCUUAGGUCCUGCUUGCGAGCUUCCCAUAGACAUCUGGAUGGCCACUGUGAGAACAGGAUGCUGGGCUAGAUGGGCCAUUGGCCUGAUCCAGCAGGACUCUUGAGCUCUUAAUUUAAGACUGAGGACCAUCUUCUUCUUUGCUGCAAUUUGUCUUCAGGUGUUCAGCUUUCCAAGAGGCAUAUGUGGUAUCUUAUAAUUGAACCACAGGAUCCUUAGUGGGGAGAAAGAGAAUUUCUCCUGAGGCCCAUGCUAUAGUGGAUUCCGCCUAGGAAAACAGAGGCAAGAUCUGAAGGGAAAGAAUGCCCAAGUGCAAAGAAACCAACCCUGAGAUCCCCCUUGGAUGUCAAAGGAGAUGGACCACAGCCUAAUUUAUCUUUGUCUUUGCAUUUCUAAUUUGGAACAGGCUCUUGGUAUCCAGAAAUGUGUGGUCUCCAAAGGGCUCUGUAACUACAGAGGAUAGCAGAUCUUUUGCACAGGCCCUUGUGAUGUUUUAAGCAUUUUAUGUCUGGACAGAUGAGGAUGGCAGUGGUAGGAGAGAGAGGAAAUAAAAACAUUUAUGUGGUUUCAUUGGCCAGUGGAUUGAUUGAUAUUUGCUGCUACUAAUCUGUGUAUUUUUCUGUUUAUUUGGUCAUACUGGCCACUAAUGAGAUCGAAUAUAUUUAACUCUUUAUCCUAUAUGUUUUUGAAAGUUUGUGUCGUUAACCUUGAAGAUAUCCAUAUCAUUCCGUUUUGUGUUGUUUUGUUCAGAUCUCCCUAGUUAUUUAUUAUGUUAAAAUGUGUUUUUCCUUCCUCCUCUCUUCCCCCAAUAUGUGUGUUAGAACCUCAUAUUAGAACCUCAGAGGAUAUGAACCCCCAGAUAUUUGAAAUGCAUUGUCAACCAAGCAUUUCCUGGCCAUAUCAAUCAUUUAGGGUACCAGUGAUGUGGUUGCCUGUGACUGAGGAGCACUUACGAUAUCAUAACUUGUAAUUUCAUCCUCCUGGGAAAUAAUAGCACAAACUUGUUUUGACAUUCCUGUUUUCCCCUUGUGUGUGUAUGCAUAUAUCUUCCAAUUAUUUCUUUCAGCUCUUGAGUAUAUUGCAUUGAGCUUUCCUUAUUUCCACACGUUACUUAUGCAAGUUUCCUUUGUCUUGCCUCUGACUGAUCUGCCAAAUUGAAAUGGUGUGGAUUGUUAUUGGCAUAGAUCAGUAUUUCAGUAUUAGAGAAGGCCAGUGCUGAAGUAAUACUGGCUUUCUGAUCACUGCAGUUAACAAACAUGGGAGCAGUUGCAGGAAGGCGUGACCCAUUCUCCUAUCUUCUCCAUCACUCCCCAACUUCAGUUAAGCAUUUUCUUGGUGUCCACUUUAACUCACGGGUGAGGCUAACCAGUGUACUCCUUAACCCCAAUGGUGAUUUCACAUCCUGGUUAAACAGGAACUCUGGUUAACCUUGAACCAUGGCUAACCUUCAUAGCACUUAAAUCUUCAGUGACAACAAACUGCUUAACCAUUGUUAAGGGAGGAGGGGAAUGUGCUGCCUGGAGGGGUGGGACUUGAGAAGCGAGUACAUGUUCCCAAGGCCAGGACCUGGUCUUUUUAAGUGCAGUUAAUGAGGCCAGUGUUCCAUCUACACCAGCCCACAGAUGCAUCCUUGGAUUAAUCUCAGGAAAUGUCCCCAUAACUGGACACACAGUGCAAAGAUGCCCUAUCAAAUAUACAAAUAAGAGGGUGGGGGAGGAAACUUUUCUGCUUUGUUGAAAAUAGCCCAGGUUGUCGUAAAAUGUAUUCCAUGUGGUCACUUUGGACAAUUAAUUGCAGGGCACCCUUACAUGAGAGAAGCAUGUGAAUUGUGGGUCCUAUCUGAUGGUGAGAACUUCCAGGAAUAUUAGUAUUUGUUGUUCCUAACAGGCUUGCUUUGUGUUCUUGAGGGUCCACUGCAUCUUCCUUUUAGCUUCACUGUCAAAUUAUUAAAUGGCUUCAGGUUUCAAAGUCUUAAAAUUGCAAUUCUGUGAUGAGCUCUACAACUUGAGCACAACAAAGCCAUGUCAUGCCACUUACAAGGCCAUUAUGCAGUGUCUGCAGAAUUUGCACAACGUUAUAAUGAAAUGUGUACUGUUAGGAUUGUGUGGAACAUUAAUUGCUGUGCUGUGUUAAAACCUGACCAAAGUGGUUUUGCAUCUCAUCCUAUUGCACUGUUUAUUAUUCAUCAGAAGAGCUGCUUCUUCCUUUUUACUGCUUAGGGGCUUGUUCACACAUGCAUGUUCUUUGUUGGUUCUUAGCGGCACGUGUGAAAUGUGUCAAUUGAAAAGUAUUGUGUUCAGGUUGACACCAGGGAUGUGAAAGUCUGAUCCGUUGUGAUUCAUCUUUGAUGUGUCAUCCACUCUUGAUACUAAAGUUGACAAUUGAGCAUGUGCCUUGUGAAAUGCCCCUAAGUUUCUGAUGUAUUUGACUGGCGAAACCUCCUCUUGAGACAAUGUGGUGUGUCCUGGGUUGUGAGAGUUGUCUUUUUCGUACUGUGGUGCCUUGCUUAUUCCAAUGUAAACAAGGCACAAUCCAUUUAAAUAAAACUGUAAACGUUGUACUGCC